AAUGAGAAGAGAAAAUUGCGUGGGUGGGUAAAGGCGAAGGUGUCUUGUGCGCAGGAGAUCCGCCAGGAGCCGCGCCUCUUCGUGGAGAACUGCAACCGCUUCGCCGUGCAGCAGGGCUGCCUCAGCGACGGCUGGUUCAUUGCCGCCUGCGCCGCCGUCGCCGAGCGCCCGCACCUCUUGCGUCAGAUCGUUCCCGAGGGCCAGGUGCUGUUCGGGCCGGGCUACGACGGGUCGGUGCGCUUCCGCCUGUGGCACCUGGGUGAGUGGGUGGAGGUGCGCGUGGACGACCGCCUGCCCGUCGAUGCACACGGGGUGCCCGUGUACGCGCGCUGCCAGCACAAGGACGAGUUCUGGCUGCCCCUGCUCGAGAAGGCCUUUGCCAAAUUUCACAAAAAUUACAUAUUUUUGGAUGAAAGAUAUGAAUACUCCUUGGCUGAAGGUCUCAUCAACCUCACAGGAUAUUGCAUUGACUCGCCACGUCUCCACAAAUGGAACGCAAAUGCUGUGUUUGACUUACUGAUGGGGUUUUCUGAUAAAGACGCACUGAUGCUUUGCAAAACAGAUUUGCCUGGACCAGGCUUACCAGGAUAUCAUGCCUACACCGUCACCAAGGUGUUUUAUCACCCAUUGGACAAGAGCAAAUGUAGUGAAUGCGAGGAAGAGUUGAGACUGGUUCGCGUGAGAAACCCGUGGGGCACCAGUGUGGAAUGGAACGGCGCCUGGAAGGAUGGUGACGAGCGAUGGAAUAAACUAAGCAAACAAAUCAAGGACGCUAUGGAGUACAAAGAUGAAGAUGAUGGCGAGUUCUGGAUGGAUAUUAAAGAUUUCAUAGCAAAUUUCUCUGAAGUGUGCUGUGCAACGGAAAGACCUACUGAAGCCAUGAAUAUGAAAAUGAUCGGCCAGGUGACGGGGCACUGGAGCGAAGAUGAAGAAAGCGGAGGGCAUCCUGACGAAAUGGAGAAGUUCGCCAAAAAUCCGCAGUUUUUGAUGGUUGCCUUAGGUGGCAUCAGUCCCGAGGAGGAGGAAAAACUACAGAAGGAAAAGAAGAAGCCCAUGAAGAAGACGGAGCAGAAGUACGACGAGGAGGAGAGUGGAGAGCAAGAAGAACCGUUCAACCCCUUGGCAGGGAUGGAGGCCGUUGUGGAACUACUGCAAGAGCACAAUCGCAAGAAGCGCACACACAAGUACGGGAUCGCCUUCUUCAUAUUCGAGACGUGCGUGGAGCGGCGCCUGACGGCCGAGCAGCUGCUGCAGCUGACGUACGUGGCGGGCGCGGCGGAGCUGCGAAAAGAGAACGGCGUGCGCGCGGCCGUGCGCCUGCACCCGGGCCGGCGCUACGUCGUCAUCCCGGCCACGGAGCGCGCGGGCCAGGAGAGCCACUUCCUGCUGCGCGUCUUCUCACGGCACGCGCGCGUGCGCCUCUCCCAGCUGCCGCCCUGAGGCCUCGC